AUGGCCUCCAAAUCAUCAUCGUCACAGGCUUCAAAGCCGGUUUCAUCCCGUCUACUAAACAUGAAAUUCAUGCAAAAACCACUCUCCUCAGGAUCCUCCCCUUCAUCAAAAACACCCCCUUCGAAACACCACUCCCAAUCCGAUUCCUCAAAACCUUCGUCCAACAAGCACAACAACAAGAACGUCUCAAGAUCCGCAAUCCUCGCUGCACAAGCCCUCGAGUCUUCUAGACGUGAAGCCGCCAUAAACUCCUCAGCCUUCGGCGCUACGGAGAGAUGGUCCCUUUCACUCCCACCUUCCGAACGUGCUAACGAACUCCGAGGCGGCGGGGAAAUGGUCGGUGGUGUAAAAGUUUACAUGACAGGAAAUACUCUGUGGAACACUGAACACACAAAUGCCCAGGAUAGAAAUAGCAGUAAUAACGACGGCGACGACGGCGACGACGGAGAAGACGAAGAAGAGGAAGAAACAGUACCAGUCGCCCCUGUAAGACGGUACUUCGGUGGCCGUACUGCCCCGGUUUUGGAAAAGAAAUCGACUGAAGACACAGACUCUGAUGAUGCUCCGGACUCGGGUGAUGAUGAUGAUGAUACUUCGGCCUCCGAAUCCGAGGUUCUCCGUCGUGUAGAAUCUAAACGUGCAGCUAAAGCCCUAAAGAAGGAGAAAGACGCGGAUAGAGCCUUAAGAAAUUUAAAACAGAUCGGUGGACGAGCAAAAACGACAAAUGGCGGCGCUGAAAACAUAGAAUGCUUCGCCUGUGGCGAGACAGGACAUAGGAAGUCCGACUGUCCAAACACAGGCUCGAAAGGUGGCAAAUCCAGGCCCUUGAGGCCGGGCCGUGGUGGUGGCGGUGGUAUCAAAAGAGAAUACGACUCAUUCGGUGGCCCCGCCAUUAAGAAGCAGAGGAGGUAUUGA